AUGCCGAAGCUGGACGGGAGCGACAAAGCGCGGAGCGGCACGGCGCGCAAGCGCCAGGAUCGCGCACCGGGCUUGAUUCGGGUGGCCCAGCGGCGGCCUGAACCCUUGGUCGCGACGGCUGCGCCGAGCACGAGCGACGUGCUGGUUGCGGGCACCUCGGCGGCGGCCUCGGCGGCGCCCUCGGCGGCAGAGACCGAAGAGACGCUGUCGGAGACGAGUCUGCAGUCGCACCACACCCUCCCUAUACCUGCGUCGAGCGAAGAUGCGCACAUUUCCAUGCCGCGCUCUGUGAGUGCCGGCACACUCGAUACCCAGGGCCAGCUCGAGCGACUGCUGCUCCAGUCGCUCGACAGUGACGACCAGCGCAAGGCGAAGCGUGCCAAGCGCGCGACGUGGGCCGCCCCCCCGCGCGAGUACCACGUCGACGACUCGCCCGACUCGGAGAGCACCGAGCCCGAGGCGCACGGAAGCAGCGAGCACGACGAUGGCGGCGGCGGCGCGACGCGCCACGUCUACUUUGACGAGCGCAUGCUCCACCGCCAGUCCUCGCGCCAGUUCUGGCACCACGAGGCGCGCCAGGCGCGGCGUGCUGCGUUCCACCCCGGCUCGCCACACCUGGACAAGCGCCAGGCGAUGGAAGCGCUGAUGCACCGCCUCCAGGCGCAGAUUGAGGACGCGGGCAACAUGCUGCGCCACGUCCCCCCCAACGAGUGGCCCUUUGGCCGCGGCUCGGGCUCGAGUACGCCGUACUCGGAAGUGCUGGGCUACGAGGUGCGCCGCACGCUGCGCCCCCGCCCUUCGAUUCCGGUGUGGGAGGAGCGGCCAAAGGUGGCGCGCCCGCUGCGCGUGUCGCUGCGCCUCACGCUCGAGGCGCAUGCGCCCUUCUUUUCCGCGUCGACCGCGCGUGCCCCCGAGUCGCACGGGUGGCUCGCUGGUGUCGUGCGCGACCUGGUGCAGAAUGCGCUGGCCUACCGGGUGCUGGUCCGCUCGGGUGCGCCGGCCGACGGCCCCCGCGUGAACGUCGUGCUUGCCGCGCUGCCGACACGCGCACUUGUGUGGAUGUCUGACGUGCUGCAUGCGCCGAGCACGCGGCGUGCGUACCCCCCCUGGCUCGCACCUGCCCUGCGCUCGCACCGCCCCCUGUAUUUCCAGGCGAUUCUUAUGCAAAUUACGGUCCCCACCUUUCUGCUGCACCGUGCAAACAUGAUUUUUGCAACGGUCCUUGAAUUGACGCUUGUCCUUACCCAGCUUUUGCUCUGUCUGCUUCUGGCUGGCGUACAACACACGCACUCUUAG